UCUUGUGACUGUAAAUCGCAUCUUUUCAAAGUUAUUACUUGAAUCUGAUUGUAAGACACGUAGUGUGUACAGAGGUAGUAGAUCAUAAAUAGAGCAAAUAAAGCUGAUCAUUUUCGCAUAUAAUUGAAAAUAUAUUGGAUAUGGAAACUCAAAGUGAGCCAUUCAUAGAAGCGUGCCGCUUAUGCGGCGUAUAUUACACAAAUCCAAAGUUCUUGAGAUCAAUUUUUGAGAUUGAUGUAUAUAUGUUUGAACUUCGAUAUGAAUUCGUUUCCUGGAAUUUAAGGAUAACUGAAAAUGAUGGAUAUCCGCAAAAUAUUUGUGAAACAUGCAUUCAAAUUUUCAAGGAGAUUCUAAAAUUCCGUGAAAGUUGCAUUAACACGCAAAACCAUUUUCGAGAGACUUUCAAAGAAAAAGUUCCAACAAAUACAGAUAUGGAAUUUCUUGAUUUAGAUGAUGAUUUAUCCAGUAGACGCUUCCUUUAUGAGCACAGUGAUAAUGAAAAUGAUGAAAUACCAUCAAUUGAGGAGGAAUUUACUGCCACAACUACUACCAUAAAUGACAUCAAACCUAUUCAAAUAGAAGAAAUGGAAUUUCCUGGAAUUAAUAUAAAUAAUGAAAUUAUUGACGAUCCGUUGGAAGAAAUUCUAUUUGAAUAUAGAACGGAAGAAGCUUUACCGGCUCCAUCAGAUAAUGAGUUUCAAUAUCUGAAUGAAUCAGAAAAGAAGCCACAGGAAAUGGAAUUUCCUGGAAUUAAUAUAAAUAAUGAAAUUAUUAACGAUCCGUGGGAAGAAGUUCUAUUUGAAUAUAGAACGGAAGAAGCUUUACCGGCUCCAUCAGAUAAUGAGUUUCAAUAUCUGAAUGAAUCAGAAAAGAAGCCACAGGAAAUGGAAUUUCCUGGAAUUAAUAUAAAUAAUGAAAUUAUUGACGAUCCGUUGGAAGAAAUUCUAUUUGAAUAUAGAACGGAAGAAGCUUUACCGGCUCCAUCGGAUAAUGAGUUUCAAUAUCUGAAUGAAUCAGAAAAUCAUGAGCACGAAAUUAAAAACUAUGAUUGUCGCAUAAAUAGUGAAACAUUUGAUGGAUAUGAAAUCUCUGAAAAUUUAAAAUGUCCCCAGUGUGAAUUCCGUUGUAGUUCCAAAGCUUUGCUUAAACAACACACAUGUGAUGUUCAUUCCAAAGUUUCAUGCAAACUCUGUGGAAUAUCUGUUUUCCGUGAUAAAUUGAAUGCACAUAUGAAGGAAACACACAGUGCUCCAGCCAUGAAGUGUAUGACAUGUAACAUGAAUUAUGACUCAAGAAUUGGUGGCAAUAUACCUACAGAUAAUUCAAUAGAUGAACAACAUCCGGUACGUCUUAAUGAUGACAACGCUCCCGCGGACUUAGUGAUAACUAACCUUGGUUUCGAUUUACACACUGAAAGUAUGAGAUAUUUCAACGGCAACCUAUAUAUUUGUCCAGUAUGUGACGAAGAGUACAUCACGCAGUUAUCUUUCGAAGUGCAUUUAAUGACGCACAUUAUGUCCCUAUAGGUCGUGUGCCACAUUUGCUAUUGAAUACUUGUUUAUAUCUAUAUAUACUAUAUAGCUAUAUUAUAUAUAAUUAUAUUACAUUUUUCUUAGUUACUAUGAAUCUAUAGCGACACAUUAUUUAUUGUUUCUCAAGUAUUAAUUAUUUACUAUAUAGAGUUAAUAUUCCUU